AUGGAGUAUCCCAAGAGGUCUUCAGACAAGUUCUUCUUAGACUUCUAUGGAAACUUGGUCACCCAGAUAUCAUCAGGUGCUGCGCGACGUCGGAUAUCCGAGUCGGCGCGGUAUUGGAUACGAGAAUUUCUAUCUGGCGGAGCUCCACAACAGAGCGGAAUUUGGAGAAAGGCAGGUCCAAAGACCUCUGGAGACGGUGGCGAAAACUGUUCAAGAGAUUCACUGCACCUAGAAAAGGACCGGAGCAGUCAUAAACAGUUCCAAGGCAAGGACCGCAAACGUGCGCAGGGAGAAAGGAUCAUGUUUUUGGUUUCCGGCUACUACGGACUUGAAGCUUCAAACUAUAUCAGCGAUUUGUUCUCAGCAUAUGAAUUGCCACACCGGAUUCUGGACUGGGCACCAUCUAGAGGCGGAUGGUGGUCUAUGGUGGUUGGCCUUUGCGAUCAAGGUGCACAUGGAUUGUGA